AUGGAUGGAUCUGAUCCCAGUGGCAACGGUCAUCAUCAAAAUAAUAAUAAUAAUAAUACUAAUAAUACUAAUAUUAAAUUUUCACCUAAUUCAUUAUUUGAUCGAGAUACAUUGGCUACAUUAUUUCUCGGUAAUCAAAGUCCAACAUCAGGUGGUGUUACUUCGUCAGUUGAUGAAUGGGCCGAUAGUGCAGGAGAAUUACUUGUUGAAUUAGAUAAUCUAAGUAUGCUUAGUCAAAUUUGUGAUAGUGUACCAAGACUUCCACCAAAACCAACAUCAACAAAUCGUUCAAAUGAUGACAUUAAAUCUUCAUCGUAUUCACAACAACCAAAACAUUUAUCAUUUCGAGAUAUAAUUGCUUUUUGGCAAUGUUAUGAUCAACUUUAUAUUGAACAAUAUCAAUAUGAUCGAAGAUAUUCAUCAGCAGUUAUUGAUCAAGCAGUUAACAGUUUUGAUAUGUCAGAAUAUGAUAUUCUUUCAUCAUCUCUUCCACAAUCAUCAUCAUCACCACCAAGAUUACCUUCAUAUAAACGAUUUAAUUCUCAACAUGAAUAUGAACGUUUACUUCAUGAUUUUUCAUCAGUAGCAAAUGAUGAACUCGAUGCUUGUUUAUCUGUUAAUAAUAAUAAUAAAUCUGGUGAUAUGAAUAAUGCAGCUAAAUUAUCAAUCCUUUCAAAACUUUUACCUAUGACUACACAUUCAUCUCCAGUAUCAACUGAUAAUGAUCUCAAUUCACUUGUUGCUGAUCUUGAUCCACGUCCUACACCAAAUAUUAAUGAUAUUCUUGCUAAUUUAAAAGCUGGUUUAAUUGAGUCAAAUCUUCAUUUACCAUCAUUUGAUGAAUCUCACCUUGAUCUUCCACGACAACGCUCAUCUCUUACACAUAAUCGUCUUAUAUCAUCAUCUAUAAUCAAUAAUAUAGCUGUACCAUCAUUAUUUAUUAAUGAAAUUGAACAUAUACGUCUUGUUGAUUUAUCAAAAAAUUUAUUAAAUAAUCUACCAUUAUCAACAAUAAAACAUUAUGCAAAAUUAUUACAAUGUCCUAUUGUCAUGUGUCCAGAAUUUGUACGUGAUUUUUUAAUGCGUAAUAAUCGACAAGCAAGUACAUCACGUUCAUGUUUUUGUACAACAUUAAAUGAUGCUAGAUUAAUUUAUGCUGAAUUAAUUGCUGCUAAUGUACCAUUACCAGCAACACCAAAAGAAGAAGAGUUAUUAUUAUUAACAAAAAAACGUAAACAUGCACCACCAAAAGGAUGGGAAGAUGGAUCAAGUGAUAUGAUUAUAACUGUACCACAAGUUAAAAAACAUAAACCAAAAUUAGAUUAUUCAACAAUUAUACUUGAUCAUGAUUAUUUAACUGCAGAACAAAUGGCUAAUUUAUGGAAACGACCAUCUAAAAAACCUCUUGUUACUAUACCAUUACCUGUAUCUCUUCCAAUUCCAACAACAGAACCAGAAGAAGAUCUUCGAUUUAUGGAAUGUUCUCCUACACCACCAAUAUCAGCAACACCUUCUCAAGUAUCAUCAUUACCUCCUGCUCUUUCUCUUCCACCACCUCCACCUGCACCAAUUCUUUUCAAAUUAAGAGACUAUUUUGAUUCUCAACCACCACCACCAACACCAACAUUUUAUGAUGCUUAUUCUGAUGAACGAUUUAUGCAGAUUACUCGACAUCCUCUAAUCAUUUUGUCACAGACUCAACUUGAUUAUUUACUAGGUUAUCUCUAUCGAGAUAAUCAUUCACAAUCACUUAUUGACAGAUAUCAUUUGUAUUAG